AAUACCUGAGAACGCAAAACAGAUAUUGACAGGGCACGCACCAGUUACAUUUCAGAAUGGAAGGAAAAAACUUAAAAUAAUCUUGUUGUAUUUUAAGACUUUGUUGUACUUACUAAAAUAACUUAAAAGUACAGGCCUACUUUUUCAUAUUUAGAAAGUUUUUGUUUGAAAAAGUAGGCUAAGAUUCAAAUAGUAAAUACUGCUCAACAUUUCGAUAGUGAACAUAUCUGUUAUUGUCUGAUUGUGAGAAAUAAAGAAUGGGAAUGAGCGACCUGCUUGAGAUUGCCGCUGCUGAGUUGGCGCAAAUUCUGCGGACACCGUCGGAGCACUUUACUGCCGGCGGCUCCUUAGUGCUGGACUGCAGACCGUUUCUCGCAUAUUCCCGGGCGCACAUCUGUGACUCAAGAAAUGUGAACUGGAACUCCAUGCUCCGCCGGAGGUCCAAAAGCUCAGUGGUUAGCCUGGAGUGGCUGGUGCCGGACAGGACACUGCUGGGUCGGCUGCGCAGCGGGGAGUUCUCACUGGUUGUUAUACUGGAUGAGGAUAGCCCUUCUGUUGCUGACCUGAAAACUGAGAGCCUCGCGAGUAUGCUUCUCACUGCUCUACACGCCGAGGUCGAAGCUGGAAACACGCAGAUGUGCUUCUUACAAGGCGGAUUCGACGGAUUCUUCGCCAUGUACCCAGACCUCUGCGUCAACGCCCCGGCCGCGAGUGGAAACAAUACCGCCGUGAGGGACCCUGAACCAGGCAUGUCAGGAAGAACUACCCCCCUGUACGAUCAGGAUGGCCCAGUGGAGAUACUCCCCUUCCUGUUCUUAGGGAGUGCCCACCACUCAUCCAGACGCGAGACCCUUGCAAAAUGCGGCAUCACCGCGGUGCUCAACGUCUCCUCCACCUGCCCCAACCUGUUCGAGGAUGAGCUUCACUACAAGACUCUGCGUGUGGAGGAUAGCCUUGUGGCCAACAUCCGAGCCUGCUUCCCCGAGGCCAUUGACUUCAUCGAUUCGGUGAAGCAGCAUGGGGGGCGAGUGCUGGUGCACUGCCAGGCUGGCAUCUCGCGCUCGGCCACCAUCUGCCUGGCGUACCUGAUGCACUCGCGGCGCGUGUGCCUGGACGAGGCCUUCGACUUCGUGAAGCAGCGGCGACGCGUCAUCUCGCCCAACCUGGCCUUCAUGGGCCAGCUGCUGCAGUUCGAGACCGACGUGCUGUGCCACUGAAACCCUCGCGCCUCCGAAGGUGCGACGACGCCAGGGAGGGAGCUCCUGCAUCUCAAAUUCCUGAAAGACGCAGUAAGGCCUCAGACAUGCAUACUAAGAAAUGUGGAUGUCGGAAGUGUGAGAAGUGAACUUCGAUGUCAUGCGCAGCCUGCACCUCAAACUCUGUGGAUCCUUUUUACUCACAUUCCUGAAUCUGUUACCACCACAGCCUGUCUGUGACACUAACUUUAUUUGAACAAUAACAAAAAAAACACUGCAAUGUUCAAGGGCAGUAUCUGGUACAUGUCAUUUUUCCCUAGGAGAUUAAUGUAGGUGUGACUGAUAAAUUCAAAAGUGUCAGUCACUGUGCAGUAACUCAUGGACUUACCCACUCUCACAUGCACCAGUGUUAUUUGCCUUAGGGGUGCCUUAGGGACAAGGAUAGGUCAUACUGUAGACUUGCAUCAGUUAACCCACAUAAGCAUCAGCUAGUUCAUGUUCCAGUGUGGCUCUGUAAGGUUUUACACUAGGAUCAACAUUGAUGGGUCUUCAGGCAACCCAGCAAUAUUAAAGAGACAUAAAGAGCCAUAUAUUGCUGUGGUGGGAAGAAAUUAUGCCAUCUCCUUAUUCCAGUAUUAGAUAAAUUUUGCACUAGCAAAAGGGAGAAGCCAUAGCUUUUAUGCGUUUUUUUUACUUUUAUUAAAAUGUAAAUAUCUUAUCAUGAUUUUUUUUACUGAAAGUGUAAAUUUGAAUGCAUUGCAAAAAUGUUCACUGUUCAGCA